GUAAGAGAGAACACAUGUUUGAGAGGGAGUUGGUGAGCUGGUGAGCAGGUCAAAAAGAUCUAGUAAUCAGACUUAAAUCGGUGGAUCAAACAACAUUAUAGUUUAUAAAGGUUUCCUAUGACUGCUGUCAAUCAGUUGUACCCUCAGAAGGUAACUUCUACAGCUUCAUUGAUUCCCUAAAGAACAGAAUAAUCUUGGACUGUCGCUUCUCGAAACUUUUCCAACCCACAUAAGAUGGAUUGGAAAACUCUUGAAUCCCUCCUCAGUGGGGUGAAUAAAUACUCCACAGGUUUUGGACGCAUCUGGCUGUCUGUGGUGUUCGUGUUCCGCGUCAUGGUGUUUGUGGUGGCUGCUGAGCGUGUGUGGGUCGAUGACCAAAAGGAUUUUGACUGCGACACCAAAAGACCUGGCUGCCCCAAUGCCUGCUACAACUACUUCUUCCCCAUUAUACACACACGGCUCUGGGCCUUACAGCUCAUCUUUGUCACCUGCCCUUCCUUCUUGGUUGUAAUGCAUGUGUGGUACCGUGAAGAUCGUGAGCGCAAAUACCGCCUCACGCAUGGUGACGAGGCCAAGCUCUAUGACAAUCCUGGGCAGAAACAUGGCGGUCUGUGGUGGACAUAUCUCAUUAGCCUGUUUGUCAAGACGGGUGUAGAGGUGGGAUUCCUCUACCUGUUGCACAUGAUCUACAACAACUUUGACAUGCCUCGCAGCGUGGUGUGCGACGUCGAACCCUGCAGACAGGUGACAUGCUACAUAGCACGACCCACUGAGAAAAGGGUCUUCACGUACUUCAUGGUAGGGGCCUCAGCUCUCUGCAUAAUACUGAACGUGGCAGAGAUCUUCUACUUGAUUGCCAUGCACAUUCUGCAUCUCACUCACAAAGGGACCCACGUCACCAGACGCACGAGGUGUGCAGAGUCAGAAUGUGAUGAAUGUAAUAUGCCAAUGAAUACGAUAGACUACAAGUUAGCGUGUCCUGAGAAGGUAGAAAAGCAAUCUUAAAAAUGAAAGACUCAAGCAAAAGAUAUCAUUUUAAUACACAAAAUUGUUAUUUGAAGUUAAGUUGUUAUUGAUUUUUAUGAUUGUACUAUUAUAUAACUGUUUUGGCCAAGUAAAUAUGCUAAUGUUACUAUACUAAAGUGAAAGUAAUUAAUUAGCAUUUAUUAUGAACAUCAUUAGGUCAGAGACACCAGCUCGGCUGGUGGAAAAUGUUUUUGUAAUAUCAUCCCUAAAAUCUGGAAGAGUGUUCCAGAAAAUAUUAGAGAUACGGUUUUUUUAAGUGCAGAUAUAAAUGUACUUAUGUAUCCAAAUCUGUUCAUAAUUCUUGCAUUUUUCUCUAAUCUUUGAAUCAUAUAGAUUAUUUUUCAUGAUUUGUAGUAAUUAUUAUAUAUUUAAAGCUAAUACAUUAAUACUAAUUAGCAUACAUAAUAUGAGUGUAGAAUAAUUUGCUUGAUCAUU